AACCAAACGUAUUCCUUAUAUUAUACCUAGGUAGUUAUUGAUUAUCUAAAAGCCGGAUCUCAGUUGCCCUUUACCACAUUUGUUUUCCCAUGGGCUAGUUGAACCAUCAAGUUUAAGAACGGAUGAUUUUACAGGUCGAGGCUUAACAGCGUGAUCCAUACCUACUUAGGUUGCCUCGUGAAAGAAAAUAUCACCUACUUGGGCAAUUGGAAUCCUCAAAUAUGGAAGUCUAUGCUAUAGCCCUGAUUAAAGUGGCGGCGUGACUCAUAGCAAGGGGUUGCCGAAGUCCAGAUAAGGUUGUAUUAUUUUGCGAAGGAUUUCUUUGACAAUUGCGGUUAUUCGAGUUACAAGGGCCCAACUGCGGAUCUUGAAUUCGUCCGUUGAUAAGUCAUCCUGCGGAUCAUCGGGUUUUAUCUCCACUAAUUUCGGAUCCUUAAUGAGUUAGCAUUGCAUAGAGGAAUAUAGACGUUGUACCGCAUACCGUGUAUAGAUGGGGAAAUUACUAAUGUAUUGGCUUGGGCUUGUUCCAGUGGCUGGACCAUCUAGGCAUCGAGCUCUGUCUAUCGAGUGUAUAUAGGUGUCGGUAGGAACCAUGAAGUUGAAAUUCUACUAAUAACCCAAGUCACUCGCCGUGUUAUCUAUACCCUCCUGGUUGCAGAACAUUCUUAUUAUUCCAUAUCAGUGCAACAUGGCCGAAUACUCUCACGAAUCUGCCUUCAAGGCUGCCUGUGAAGACGACCGGCUACCAGGCGUGGCACUUGUCGCCGCCGAUGCCACGGGAAAGUUCAAGUACGAGAAAGCGUUCGGCGAGAACGCACAUGGAGAGACAAUCGCUACAGACAGCGUGAUGUGGAUAGCUUCCUGCACCAAGCUCAUGACAUCCGUCGCUGCGAUGCAACAAGUUGAACAAGGAAAGAUUGACUUAGACGAGGAUGUUGAGAGGGUACUUCCGGAGCUCGGCGCACUCAAAGUCUUGACUCGAUUUGAUAGCGAAGGGAAACCUGAGUAUGAAGAAAGACAGGGCAAAAUAACUUUGAGGCACCUCCUCACGCAUUCUUCCGGACUCUCUGCGCCGAUAUUUUCUCCCAAGCUUCAACAGCUGGCGCAAUUCAGGGGCCCUCCCGAGGAGCCUCCCCAUACUAUUGUGGACGAAUAUUCUGAGCCCCUGGUUUUCCAGCCCGGGACAGGCUGGCAGUACGGCACGGGCUUAGAUUGGGCUGGUCAAAUCGUUGAACGGCUCUCCGGUCUUUCUCUCGAGGAGUACAUGCGCGCCAACAUCUGGGGUCCGCUGGACAUGCAGCACGUGAGCUUCUUUCCCGAUUCGAUCCCGGAGAUGAAGGCGCGUAAGAUAGGAAUGAGCCGUAAAGAUGAGAAUGGGAAGCUAGUUCCCAUGCAUAACUUUACGAACAUGUUCAGCGAAAGGAAAGAUAUAUACGGAGGAGGAGCAGGCUUUGGGAAUGCGGUAAGUUACGUGAAACUCCUCCAGAGCCUGUGCGCCAACGACGGCAGGGUUUUGAAGAAGGAGACGGUAGAGGAAAUGUUCCGACCGCAGCUCAGCCCCGAGGCUAAAACGUCCUUAAACGAGAUGAUAAAGGCUGACGAGGUUUACCGACGGGUUGGUGCGAACUCGUUCGAUAUGAACCAUCAAAUUUUGGAUUAUGGCCUUGGCGGAGAGAUCGGUACCAGAGAUGAAGUUGGCAGGAGAAAGGCUGGGACCAUGUCCUGGGGUGGCAUGCCGAAUCUGAUUUGGUGGAUAGACAGAGAAGCCGGUCUCUGCGGUGCUCUCUUUACGAACUCAUUGCCGAUGGGGGAUGAGCAGGUCAGUAAAUUGAUGGCGGAGUUUGAGCGGGCGGUCUAUAAGCAGUUUGAGAAAUUUAAGAAGCAGUAGAUCGAUAGGUUGUUGAACAAUAGAUGUAGUAUAUAGGUACCUAGAGGAACCAGUAAAUAAUUACUCUACUGUGUCGUAUCCUAUGAAUCAAUUCAAAAUAAAUGUAUCUCCAAGUUGAUUCGAUCUCUGUUAUUAUGAGUGUUCAUAUAGACGUAGGUAGUAAUCAACAUUCGUAAAAUCAUUCGGU